UGUCACGAAACUUCCCAAUUAAAUUUUGCGCGAAAUUUGAUUCAUUCAUCAAAUUCAUAAUUUACAGGACCGACCAAUCAAUCAAGCGAAUGAAGCUUGCACCACUAUGAAUAAUGCUGAGAAGAAGGAGUUCAAGAGAUUACAGAAAUGCAAGUUAAAAGCACAGACAGGAGGAAACUUGAAGGAAGAAUCAGAACUGAGUAAUCUGAUUGGUGAACUGCUUGCAAGAUCUGGAGAUUAUCAUGAGGCCAUCAAAGAGCAUCGUAAUGAGCUUCAGCUUUCAGAAUCUCUUCAUGAUGUCAUCGGAGCAGCGGUGGCUAACAGAAAAAUUGGAGAAUGCUUCAAUGAGCUUUGUGAGUAUGAAAAGGCUCUCAAACAUCAACGCAAACAUCUACAGCUGGCUGAAUUGGAUGACAAUAUUCUUGAACAACAGAGGGCACUUGCUACUGUAGGAAGGACAUAUCUUUGUUGGGCAGACAAUCCUGGAACAGAAGCUGCCAAAAAGACAGAGGUCUUACAAGAAGCUCAGAAAGCUUUCUUGAGGAGUCUAUCUCUGUGUGAUGAUGUCGCAUUGCGAUCAAAAACCACUGAGCGAGAGCUGAUGGAAAUGAAAGCUCGUCUUCUUCUUAACCUUGGACUAGUCCAUGAAAGUCUAGGAAGUGGAAAGAAUGCAGCACACUUUAUACAGAAAGCCAUUUUCAUUGCAGAAAAGCACAAACUACUAGAGGACCUCUUCAGAUGCCAUCUAUCAUUAGGUGAUGUCUUCCAACGGUCAGGGGUGUACACUAAGGCUGGUCGUUCAAUGGAAAAUGCUCUAAUGGUUGCUAAGAAGAUGAAAAGCAAGGAGCUGGAGAGCCAGUGCUUAUGUGCAUCUGCAAAUGUAUUUUUUCAGCUCGGUGACUUCACUGCUGCUAAGCGUAGUCUGAAGAAAGCCUACAAGCUAGGUGGUCAACAAUCAGACGAGAGGGAGAAUAUUAUUAGAAUACUACAAAUUGCUAUUCGAUGUGUGAAUUUACAAGUAAAGCUGGAAGGCCUGUCAUCCAACGAUCAAGAGUCUCAAUUUCCAAUCCUAGAAGCUCUUGGUGAUCUGUGCUGUAAAGUGGAUAGCUUUAAAAGAGCUAUUGAAUUCUAUAAGAAACAGCUACAUUGUGCAAAAGAACUGGGAAAGUCAUUAAAGGAACAAGCCUCAAUCUAUGUGUCGCUGGCUGCUACCUAUGCAGAUAAUAGCCAAUUUAGAGAAGCAAUUGAGAUGUACAACGAAGAGCUGAAACUGAGAAGAGGAAAUCUGAAAGAGGAAACUAAGACAUGGUUGAAUGUAGCUGAUAUGCAAGAGAAGGCAGGGGAAAGCCUGGAGGUCAUACAAGAAUCAUAUAGUAAAGCUUUGGAGCUGGCUAAAAAGGCUGAUCAUCCUCAAUUACAGAUUCAAGCAUUGAGGUCUCAGCUGGGUGUUUUACAGAAACACAACAUUGAGCAUCUUCUGAGACCGACCCAGAAGAUGCUAAAAAACCUAAGGGAAGAACACGACAUUGCUUCUGAUGAUGAUCAGGAGGUCAGUGAUGAUGAUCAGGGAGAUAGUCAAAAGGAAGACUCUGAGCAACUUGGUCAAUCGUUGGAUAUUGUCCUUGAUGAUCUGUCGGAAUCAGAUUCUGGUUCCGAUGAGGAAUAUGAUCGUCCUUCUGCCUCAGAGCGGGUCAGGAGAAACAAGUUUUCAAAGUUGAAUGAAAAGGGUGAGUCGUUGCUACAUAGGGCAUGUAUUGCAGGAAACUUGAAACAAGUCAAGAAGCUCAUUGAACAGGGACACCCUCUGAAUCCCAGAGAUUACUGUGGCUGGACCCCGUUACAUGAAGCUUGUAACUAUGGUUACUCUGACAUUGUUGACAUUCUCUUGACGAGUGGUGCUGAUAUCAAUGAUCGGGGCGGAGACAGGUGUGAAGGUGUGACUCCACUUCAUGAUGCAGUGAAUUGUGGGAACUGGCCAGUUGCUAGGUUACUCAUUGAGAGAGGGGCUAAUACUGAUGCUAGAGAUGAUUCUGGCAAGACACCUCUAGAUGCUUUAAAGAUAUGGCUGGAGACCUACACCAAUGAGAUUGAUACGGAUACAAGAGAAGAGUGCUUCCUGGUUGCGAGGAUGCUCAGAGAGGGCAUCAAAACAGGUAACCGUUCAAACAAUGUUCAAACAUCAAAGAAAGCAUCAGCAGAGUCACUUUUCUUGAAUAGCGACGUCUUUGACAGGGAAGAGGGAUCAAGCCAGGCAUCUCAACAAAAGAUGUUUGAAACAUCUCGGAAAGUCUCUCCAUCUCAGAGGCAUGGACGUGACAGUCAGUACAUGCUAGGAAAGAAACGGAAGCAUGUGCCACAUAAGGAAAGAGAGGAAGGGAAGAGGCUUGAAGGUCGAUCUGUAGGUGUGGCUUCCAGGAGAAAUGCAGCAAUGUCUCUGGGUAGUGAUAGUGAAGAUGGAAGUGAUACAACUGAUGAUGUAGAGUUGAUGAGUGAAGGUGAGGAUGAGGAUAUGACGGACAGGAAAGGUCAUAGAGACAAAUCAGUUAGGCAAAGGAGAUAUGAUGAUGAAGAUUCCUUGCCAGAGAUAGAUCUAGGAGCUAACAUGGGCAACGUAGGCAGAGUUUCACCAUUAACCAAGGAGAAUAAUGAUAAACAUGGUAGUUCUGAGAAAGUAUCAGUGAAAGACACACGUUUAAGGACAAAUACAGUCAGUGAUGUCUAUGAAAGUGAUGAAGAUGAUAUACCAGCUUCCUAUUUACAUAUCGACCGCUCGGUUAACAUAGAUAGUGCUUCAACUGCUAGAAAGACAUACAAGGAUGUAAUGCAAGGGGUUGGAAGUGCAGCUACAAGAAUGACUGAAACACCAUUUGAGGUCAGUAAGGGAAGGAGAAGUGAUAUCAAUAGUGCUUUAGUUCCUGAAGAGAGUUACACUGGUGGUGAUGAUUGGUUGGUAGAAGACGUGCCACCUCAGUCUCGCAAACGCCAACGGGUAGAUAUCGAUGGAACCUUCAGGAACAUGUCCUCAGACCGAAGUGAAAGACUGAGCCUGGAUUUAACAGUGCCAACCAGUGAGCAGAGACCUUCCAGUUCACAGGCUUCUUCCAAGUCCUCUAGAUCACUGAGCAGGAAGUCUAAACCUAAACAAGCUAAAUUAACAAAUCUAGGGGUAUCUGUAGAGAGAACUGCUUCUGCAAGAAGUCUAUCGGAAAGCUCCUUGCUUCAGACUGCUUUUGACUCAACUGAUGAUGACUUUGUAAUAGAGGAUAUUCCAACACAAACACAGAGCAGUAGAACUGUGACACCUACUGGGAGUUACCAGCCAUCAAGUACGUCACCUAAUAUGGCAAAUGAACAGCGCCCUCUUUUACCUGGACCCUCAUCAAUGAUGCGUGUACAGGUCAAGAUCCAAGACAAACUUCUCCUUAUUCCUGUAAAUUUGAGGGAUCGUCCAAGUAUGCAAUGGUUAUCAGAGCAAGCAGCUUCGCGCUACUACUCUCAGUGUGGAUUGAGACCAAAGCUAUCUCUUUGCACUCCAGAGGGAGCCCUAUUUUCUCCUGAAGACUCAGUUGUAGAUUUACUCAACAACAAUGAAAUGGUUGUAGGAAGAGUAGAUUCAUGGGAUCUUCCUCCACUGACUGAGCGCUACAGAAAGUCCUGUGAGAGGACAAAAACUGAAGAGAACACUACUCUUGUGCAAAGACUUCAGUCCUACCAAAGCCAGCAGUCUCAACACAAUGCGACCCUUGAUCUGUCCAACCUCUACAUCCAUCCUACACCCUUACUACCUCUCAUGUCCGCUCUCCAAUGCCAGUACUCCCUCCGUGUUCUUCUACUCCCUGGGAAUCGCCUUGAUGAUGACUGCUCGUCUCAGCUGGCCGCUGCUCUCAAGACUCUUCCUAAUUUGACCCGAGUUGACCUCUCCUGCUGUGGACUGACCUACGAAGGGUUAAGAUCCAUUGCAGAUGUCUUGGAUGGGCCAAGGGGCCCUGCAGGGGAUGGCUUUGGGGCUAUGAUGGGAGGAAGUAAACCUCUUCAGCUAUUGGAAGAGCUAGAUUUGAGCUACAACUACCUCACAGACUCCAGUGCCUUAUCCUUAGCAAUGAUAGUUAAGCACUGUCCACUGUUGACAACCAUGUCCUUGAGGUCUUGUGAUCUGACAGCAAAGUUCUUUCAACUCCAUCGUCAUAAACUUGUUGAGGCUUUCCAAGGAGCAUUAUCUUUACACACCCUUCUCAUCUCUCAUAACAUGUUGGGUUCCACCGGGGUUGAGCUACUACUAGGAUGUCUCUCAACAAAGGUGCUUCAACAUCUAGAUCUUUCCAAUGUCAUCUCGUCUCGGAGCGAUGGAAUACACAUCGCUAGACAUCUUGUCAAAUACUUCUCAGAGGAGCCAGUGCUUGACAACCUUCAUCUAUCAGGUUGCUAUCUUUCAGAUGUAGAUGUUGAUUGCUUAAAACGACUCCAGCCCAGCACCAAGCACUGGAAGAAUUUAAACCUAUCAGCCAACCCUCGACUAUCAUCCAUCGCUGUAAGUGAUCUCCUCCUCUCCAUGGUCAACGACUCCAUCUCAAUCUCUAGACUUGACCUCUCUGGUUGCCUCAUCCAGUCUCCAUUAGAUACCCUCCUCCUGGAUGCAUUCACCAAGCUUCUACCCGACCCCUCCCAUGUCAAAGGUCAUGAGAUGGAUGACCCCAGAGCAGGGUUAGCAGAGCUGAGGCUGUGUGGGACAGAACUGAAUAAAGUGGAUAAAGAGAUUUUGAUGAACGUAUGGAACGUUGCUCAUGGGAUGCAAGCUGGCCAUCAUAUUGAUGCAAAAAGAUGCAUUUUCUUUCGUACGAUAUCAUGAUGAACGAAACAAUUUGUGAUGCUUAAUGAAUAAUUAUCACUUGCACCUAUGUCGAAUUGCAAGUAUGGUGUAAAUAUCACACACUGAGGAUGGUCUUCCAGGUGCUUUAGAGCAAGCUGACACACUAUAUUUGUCAUUAUUUCAUUUGGCAUAGCAAAGAACACCAAUACAAUAUAAAACAUUCUUGAAUCAAUUGAAAUCAGUAUAAAUGUAUAUCUGAGUGCAUUAGAUUGAAUUUGUCUCAUCCACAGAGUUGAAUAUAUACAAAACAUGUAAAUUUAUCAGCUCUAUCAUUCAAGCCUGGAGUAUUACCUUAUUCAUGGACUUUUUUUUGUCAUUGGAUAUUGCAUUGAUGGUCAAUUGAAUUUCCUUACAUGUGUUACGGUUAUUAAGACUGGUCUAUUACUAUUUUAACACCUGAGAAGAUGUGAUCGUAGCUGUCCACUGAGUGAUUGCGAUGAAACUUGGCAUGCUUUCUUAUUUGGGUUUAUAAUGAUAUUAAAGUGGUCAAUUUCUCUAUUAGGUAUUUUAUCAUAAGUUUGAAGGUUUGCAUGGUGGUAUGAACAAUCGCAGAAGUGGUUUACGGUACACCAUGUGUAACGUCCUGGAAGGACUGAGAUAAGAAAAGUGGAUAGGAAUGGAGAUGAAAUAGACAGGCAAGAAAGUAAAGUAUUCUUUUCAAAAUGAGUGUAGUUCUUAAAAGGACUGUAAACCA